GCCUAUUCUCAAACAUAAAGUUGACUUCGAAGAGACUGGUCAAACAGUUUUGGUCAACUCAACAACGAGACUAAUUGUGUUUAUAAGUUUAAAUUCACCAUUCAGGUUUUAUAUUUUUUAGGCUUGCAAUGUCGGCGAUUCCUUACCCGUCACCUAGCGUGACGGCAGCAUGUGGCGGGGCCCUCAUGAUGAAUCCCGCUUGCUCUUCGAUCGUCGCCCCUACCCCCGUGCAACCAGCGAGUAUCGCACAAGCUACACACCAUCAAUCGGUAGGACACACGCCGUUUUAUAUAGACAAUAUUCUAGGACGACAGGCCUACAACCUAGGCCCUGCAAGACCAACUCCUACGUUACCGCCAAGUGCCAACUUCAAUGGCAGUUACUCCAACACCGGAGGAAUAUCGUAUCAGAAUAGUUGCCAAAGAAAUUCUUAUUACGAACCAUCGUUACCCUCACCAGCUUUAAGUGCACCCCCUCAAGCACUGACGUCACCCUCACCGUUAAGUUAUAACAACGGAUUUUCAAGCCCCCUGUACCCAUAUCAUCGAACAGAUUACCACCCUCAAUCAAUCCGGGAUAUUCAUGAUCCAUAUAAUAAAGUACCAGGGAAACCCUUCUUAUGGAAUCCGUUCAUACAGAGACCCCUGCACAAGAGGAAGGGUGGUCAGGUCAGAUUCUCAAACGACCAGACUAUGGAAUUGGAGAAGAAAUUUGAAAACCAAAAGUAUUUGUCUCCACCAGAACGGAAAAAGUUAGCAAAACUACUGCAGCUCAGCGAAAGACAGGUAAAAACAUGGUUCCAGAACCGAAGAGCAAAAUGGAGGCGAUUAAAACAGGAAAGCCCAAAUGGGAAAAGUGACGAUUGUAAAGAAGAUAAAGAAAUGAUCAAAUCGUUGGACGACCCUCCAACCGACGAACUACUCGGAAUGAACGUUACAGAUGAAAACAUGAACAGUGCUUGUAAUUUUAAUAACAACAACAACAACAGCAGCAAUCGGCACAUCUUAAGUGGGUGCCGGACAGAAGAUAUAGAUAUUGAUGUGCUAAAAAAUGAUUGAACAUUUGAAAAUAACUAUCAAACCAAAGCAUCUUGGCUACGAUACGAGUCGCAUCACUGCUCCCGACAUACCGGUAUCACUCCGCAGUGAAAAAAGACAACUCGUCACCAAAAUAACGCCAUUGGACCAAAUGAAAUUUGAAGGUGUAUCGGCAUUCCAUACAAAGUUGUAAAAAAAUCGAAGAAAAACUUUGAAACAAGCUUGAAUCGGUUUCUGCGCACGUGGACCAUCAUUCCAUGUAUAGAAACUAAAAUAUCGUAAGCAAAGAAGAAAUCGUAGUACAGAAAAUCGUUCAGUCUUUCGUUAGUUUAGGCGAAAUAAAAAGGCAUGAUUCUCGUUCGUUUACCAGUCUAUCUGUGCUUUUACUAAGUAAACUUCUCAGAAAAUUCUGCAGAUAUAUCAUCCUUACAAAAAACAUACUUACAAUCAAAACAUGGGCUACAUA